AUGUCUCACCAUCAUGAUGAUUAUGCUAACAACAUCGAUGACCAGCUUCUCAGUGUAGCCAAACAAGAAGUCAUUGAUCAUCAUGAUCUUGACGCUCGUGUCAACCUAGAACAGAUUGCUCAUGCUGCUCGAAUGGAUCCUCAAAGACAACAAAAUCAACAAAGCCAUCAACAUAGCCAGUCGCAGAACUUUCUGAACCACCAUUAUCAAGGUGUGGAUCCAUCGGAAUACAACAUUCAAAUUCCAGAACCUAUAGUUGACUCCAAGCUGAAGAUAUAUCCGGUAUCGGAAAACACUAUUACUGCUGAAGGUAACUUGAUCACCAGACCUUACCCUGAACAAGCGUUUCAUUCGCGUGAUGAUCUUAACGAUUACAUCCAUGAAUUUGCCCGCGACAAUGGUUUUGGAGUGGUGAUUGCGCAUCUGAACAAGAAGGCCAUCUACUAUACUUGCGAAUUAGGUGGCCGAUACCGCCACAAAAAGGGCAAAAGUGCCGAAGCCGAAGUCAGUAAUCAGUACAUGGACGCAGCCACCAAGACGAAAAAGUUGCGGUGCCCCUUUUCCAUGACGGCUUCGUACAAAAAGUCUACUGGUGUAUGGACACUUAGAACCACUUGUAACGAACACAACCACCCACAAUUGGAUCCGUUGAGUAACCACCCAAUGUUGCGUAAACGGUCCGACGAAUUGAACCUCCUCAUUUUGGACUUGUACAAGGUGGGCACCAAGCCGUCGCACAUCGAGUCGAAAAUCAAAGAACAAUUUCCCGACGUCUUGAUCAAGCGAGAAGACAUUUAUAACGAGAUCCGUGGCUACAAACGGAAACUCAAAAAGGCUCGCUACUUGCAGGGACCUCCCCACGACGCCAGCAAUCGUGGAUUCAAGAAAAGAACAAACGCAAACUCGUUCCAGCAGGUGGAUUUGGACGACGACAAUGAUCCUCCUAACGACCAGGUGUUGCAGUUUGAACUCCAACGCCAACACCAGCAGGACGCUGAACUCCAGAGACAAUUGGCUGCUCAUCAUCAUGGCCACCACCAACACCAUGGUCACCUCGAUGACCAUCAACUUCAGUACCUGAUGGAUGGAGGGAAUGGUGACAGCACCACUGCCGCUGCGAUUGCGGCCGUGGCCAAUGCCCAUCACGACGACCUUGGUAUGGACAAUAUCGAUAGUCGCUUGGUGGGCGAGUAG